AUGCAGCAGCUUGUCGGAGAAAAAGACUGUGCGGAUGCGAUGGCAGCUCCGGAGAGGAAAUUAAAGUUCGAUGGCAGACAAGAGGCUGCUAAGAUGGCACAGCUGACCUUCCUCUUCUCCCACCAGAUCGGCGGUCCUCAUCUUUUAACAGAGACGAAUCGAGGAAUGGAACCCUUAGAAAGCAUACGACUGCCGCCAUCAUCGUCAUCAUCAGCCAGGCAAACGCCUCGAUCCGCGGCGAGGGCAUCGCUAGCGGCAACCUCGUCCGCCAACCAAUUGACGCGCUGGUGGCAGCUCAAGCAGCAAGGAGGCCCCACGGCGGACUCUGUCACAGAUGCGUUUCGGCGCCAAUUGAGUGGCUGCUGCAAGUUAAGAGUGGCAUUUAGCCAGCGAGACACUGCAUCGAAUGUAACCACGAACGGCGCACAGAGCAAGGAGCUGCGAGUGCGAGUGCUGGUCCAGAUGCGAUUGAAACGGCGACACUGCGCUGGACGGCUCGAUGUGGGGGCUCCCUAUUUUCUCGAAUCCUUGAGGUUAUUGCUGCUCCAAUCGGAUAUCGCAAGCGGGCUGCUUAAGAAACGUGAAACAUCUGGUCGAUGGCCCAUCUAG